CAACACCCAACAACCUUCCGCCACAGCGGAGUUCCUUUCCCUCGCGACCCAAAGAGGAAAGCUGAGGAAACUUACCCGGCAAUCACUGGAUUCCCGUCUCAGAUCGCUGAUUCGACCGCUUUUCCGACUUGCAACCGUUUCGCUGUCUCGCUUGCAUCUCGGCCCCUUCGUUUCCUUCUUCCACAGUCGUUUCUUCCGUUGAACAAGUCGUUUCUUCUCCUUUCGGCAUCACGACUCACGAAUGACCUCAGAGCCGUCUCUCCUUCUACCACCCGUUUCCAACUUCGUCGAUACAUGAUGAAGCUGCUUCCUGUGGCUAUGGCCGGUCUGCUCACCCUUUUGCAGACCGCUGCCACGGCGUCCUUCGCCGAAGAGUCCGCCGACAGACCAGGCUCCGGCCUCAAAUGUGUCAUGUACCUCACCGGGCAACACCCAACCGUGCCCUCCAAAGAACUCGUCUCUCACGUCACACACGUGGAACUGGCUUUCAUGAACUCGAACACCUUCAAUCAGGAUGUCACCGAGUGGCCCCUUUUCACCACCGUUGACAAAGUCCGAAGCCAAUUUCUGCCAGGCACCAAGGUAAUGGUCGCCAUCGGCGGCUGGGGCGACAUCCAGGGCUUCGACGCGGCCGCCCGCACUCCAGAGUCGCGGAGGAAGUGGGCCAAAAAUGUCGCCAACAUGGUCAAGGCUACCGGUGCUGAUGGAAUCGAUAUGGACUGGGAAUACCCUGGCGGUAAUGGCGAGGAUUACAAGAAUAUCACCAACGAGGAAAAGAAGUGGGAGAUCGACGCCUACCCCCUGCUGCUAGAGGAAGUCCGCAAGCAGCUGCCCAAGGAAAAGCUCAUCUCCGCCGCGACGCCCGGCCUCGAGCGUGAUAUGAUUGCCUUUACCAAGGAGACGGUCCCUCGCAUCGUGCGCAACCUUGACUUCGUCAAUGUCAUGACAUACGAUAUGAUGAACCGCCGAGACAACGUCACGAAGCACCACACAGGCUUGGAACUGUCGAGAAUCGCCGUCAACAACUACAUGGACAGAGGCGUCCCGGCCCACAAGAUCAAUCUCGGCUUCGCCUUCUACACCAAGUAUUUCAACACGACCGAUUGCCCCGAAGGAAAGGAGGUCGGAUGCCCUACGCCCCUGAUGGAGGAUCCUAAAACUGGUAGGGACCUGGGACAGACGGGGGGCUUCAGUUACAGCGAUGCUGUUCCGGACGACAUCAAGGCCUCCUUCGAGAGAGCCCAAAAGGAGGGCAAGUACGACAAGGAGGGCGGUGGCUACUACUACCUUGACCGGGCUAAGAAAUGGUUUUGGACCUAUGACACUCCCGAUGCCAUCCUCCGUAAGUUCCCGGCCCUUGUUGACGACAAGAGAUUAGGCGGAGUCUUUGCCUGGGGCCUGGGUGAGGAUGGCCCCGACUACAACAGCCUUAAGGCCAUCAACAAAGGGUUGGCAGAGCGUAAGGGCAGAGGGGGAGGUGGUGGUCCCUGGGGUCCCUGGGGUCCCUGGGGUCCUUGGGGCCCUGGUCCUCAUGAGGCCGAUGAGCUGUAGGUGAGCCCCGGGCAAAGCUAACAAAGCUUUGCCAUGUCUCCUUUGGCGAAACAUGAACAAUCAACUCACUGUCAGGUUGCGCUUAGUGUCAACCGUGCGCCGGCGAAUGUAGCUUGAAGGGUUGGGUUGAUGAAUCGAAGAGUUGACAAGGAUUGGGAAGCUUGGGGGCUGUUAUGAUAUGGAAACAGGACUGUUUUAAGGGACAGGUGAUCUAGCUUAUUCCAGGCAUAUUUAGCUUGCACCUUAUUUUCCCUUCCCCCCCCCCCUGCUAUGGUGAUCUGCUGUAGUGAUCUGCUUUGUCAUUUUGGUUAAGGGCCCUCCGCCGGGAUCGCCUCGGGGGUCUUGGAUCGGUUGGCGAUAUCUAUGUGUCUGUUUUGCUGGUCAGGAGUCAUCGUAGCCCGAAAUGUUGGCAGAUUGGCCAUGUGGUGCCGAGGCGGGAGACCAGAGACACGACGGCUUCUGCAGAGGCCAUUUCCUGCGGGUUCUGGCAUGCGUGACAUGGCCAUGACCGUGACCACAGACCUCUCGUAGACCUGCAACUAAGGCAAGGCGGCGCAUGUCGUCGAGAAAAGGCCUACGGCACUACGCUAGCGCUGUCUACGCGAACUACUAUGUACAGUAAUCGUGCCGCUAGGUCAUUGUCACCAAUGGACAGGAUCGCUCUCGACUAGUCCCCGUGCUCAGACGCGCGCAGUUGUAUGGUUCGACCUCGAAUCAUCGAUUCGUCUUGUUGGUCAACAUGCCUCGGAGCGGCCUCGUCCCGUUCGAACAUUGCACACUCCACACUUGCGUCAUGUGGAAUGAUGGACGCCAUCUGACCAGCUAAUAACCUCCCCCCCGGGCGUCGGUCGUCGCUCC